AUGACCGCCAUGGACACUCUCCCCGGCGCCAAGCCGGUCCUCACGCGGAUGCCCGCGCUGCCGCCGAGCGACUUUCUCACGCCGGUGCAGUGGGACGUCCUCUAUGCCUUGAUGGACGGCGCCCUUCCUGGCUUCACCUCCAGGUCGAGGGCGCCCCAGCUUGGAGAGGCGCACCAUGUCGCCCUGCCCGAUGACGAGUUUGACAAGAUCCUGGACGAGGCGUCCCAGUUCCUCCCCGCGAGCCAGACGCGCGAAGAUCUCGCUGAUUUCCUCGCGGCGAGGCCCGCCUCAGAACAGGCCUUGAGGGACGACUGUCUGAGGUCGCUGGACGUGAGCCCUGGCAAGCACAAACUCGGGCCUGUCAUGGACAUGCUCAACACACGCCUCGGUAGCCUCUUGCUCACAGGGUACUGGUCACCCGUGACGGCGCAGCCAGCCCAUGUGCGUCACGCCAUCAUCAAGUCGUGGAGCGCAUCCUCGUUCCCCGUGCUGCGGAGCCUGGCCAAGACGGUGGCCAGCCUCGCGUUGAAGGCGGUCACCAUGGCAGACACCAAAUUGUUCCAGCUGGCUGGAUACAUGGACGCACCGCGCGACUGGAAGAGCGUCGAGGGGUUUCCCUACGACUUUCUCCAGAUCCAAGCCGGCAGCGAGACGCACGUCAUCGAGACGGACGUGGUCGUCGUCGGCACGGGACCGGGCGGCGGCGUGGCCGCAAAGAACCUCGCCGAGGCCGGUCAUCGCGUGCUCGUCGUCGAAAAGGGCUACUACUUUCCCCCGUCCCAGUUCCCCAUGGACCAGACGUCGGGCCUCCACUACCUCUACGACAACGGCCAACCGUACCUGACCGAAGACAGCAACACCACCGUCCUGACGGGGAGCUCGUGGGGUGGGGGCGGCACCAUCAACUGGAGCGUGUCCCUCCGGACGCAGGACUAUGUCCGCAAGGAAUGGGCCGACGACAAGGGUCUUCCCUUUUUCGCGACCAAGCAGUUUGACCAGUGCCUCGACCGCGUCUGGGACUUUGUCGGCGCCGGCACCGACGCCAUCCGCCACAACUACAGGAACAAUGUGCUUCUGCGCGGCUCCGAGAAGCUGGGCUGGCGUGCCCACCCCGUCGCCCAGAACACGGGCAACGCGGAGCACUACUGCGGCCGGUGCACGCUGGGCUGCGGAUCCAACGAGAAGAGAGGGCCCGCCGCGUCCUGGCUGCCCGCGGCCGCCGAGCACGACGCGGAGUUUAUGGAGGGUUUCAACGUGGAGAGGGUGACCUUUGCCGAGGACGGCACCACCGCGACGGGUGUUGUUGGCGAGUGGACGUCCCGCGGGCCCGACGGCGACGUGUCCGCGCCCGAGGGCGACAGGGUGCGGAGGCGCGUGCAGAUCAAGGCCAAGCGGGUGAUUGUGUCGUGCGGCACGCUGCAGAGCCCCCUGCUCCUCAAGCGCAGCGGCAUCGAGAACGAACACGUCGGCAGGAACCUGCACCUGCACCCCGCCAACAUGGUGACGGCCACGUUCGCCGAACCGCAGGAGGGCUGGGAGGGCGGCAUCAUCACGAGCUGCAACGACGAGUUUGAGAAUUUGGACCUGCACGGCCACGGCGUCAAGAUGGAGACGACGUGCAUGGUCCCCUUUACCUGCCUGUCCUCGCUGCCCUGGACGAGCGGCCUCGACGCCAAGCUCCUGCUCGCCCGCUUCUCCCACCUGGCCUCCUUUGUCACCAUUGUCCGCGACAGGGACACGGGCACCGUCUUUCCCGAUCCGCGCACCGGUCUGCCCCGCAUCGCGUACGCCGUGUCCGACUUUGACCGCGACCACGCCCUCCAGGGGAUGGAGGGCAUGGCCAAGAUCUGCUACGUCCAGGGCGCCCUCGACAUCAUGCCCUACAUACCCGGCCUCGCGCCCUUGCGGGUCGACGCGCAGGCGCGCGCCGCGUUUGAGGAGGGCAUGGCGCGCGGCGAGGUCAAGGACCCCGAGUUCUCGGAUCCAAAGCUCAAGGCGUGGCUCAAGGAGCUGUGGCGCCUCGGUCGCGCGCAGCCCCUCGCGCCCGUCGCGUCGGCGCAUCAGAUGGGCACGUGCCGCAUGGCCAAGACCCCCGAGGAGGGCGUCGUCGACCCCCAGGGCAUGGUCUGGGGUCGCGAGGGACUGUACGUCGCAGACGCCAGUGUCUUCCCCAGCGCGAGUGGUGUCAAUCCCAUGGUCACCAACAUGGCCAUUUCGGAUAUGAUCUCGAGGGGUGUGAGCGAGGGUCUUCAAGCUCAGUUGGAGGGGGAUCUGACAAUGGCGUCGUGA